UGCUGGAAUCAAUAGAUUAGGGUUUUACUCGUCGUUCAUCUUCUGCUGCGUAUUGACUGCUCUUCUUCGCCAGCUGAGUCAUUAAUCAGUCGAAGUAGUGUUCGAAGAGACCUGUCAAAAUGCAGAAUGAAGAAGGACAAAACAUGGAUCUUUACAUCCCGCGGAAAUGCUCCGCCACCAACCGUCUGAUCACCUCCAAGGAUCAUGCUUCCGUGCAGCUUAACAUCGGACAUGUCGACGAGAGGGGCAUUUACACUGGCCAAUUCUCUACUUUUGCCCUCUGUGGUUUCAUCCGUGCUCAGGGUGACGCUGACAGUGCUUUGGAUCGCCUCUGGCAGAAGAAGAAAGUCGAGGCCCGACAACAGUAGACCGUUAUGUUCAUGGUUUCAAAACAAGCUUAACCUUGGAUGUUAAUCUUUUUUGCAAUUUGUGUUGGUGACUUUGAUGUGGAUGCAAUUAUUUGCUAUUAUCAUUGAAUUCUAAUAUUACCACAUUGUGUGCCCAAUAUACGCUUCAUGUGCUUUUCAGUAGUGGAGUAUGUUUUUUGGUA